UUUAGUUGAAUGACAUAUAGCGAACGUCAUAAGAACACAAGCAAAUAUCACCUUGUAGCUUACAUAAAAGUAUAAUUAAUGGAUAGAAUAACAUUCAUAUUUUAAUUCAUUCUUUACUGCGUAAUUUUCCCAUGUAGAUGUCAUUUAUCAUGUCAGAUGGAGUGGAAUAAAAAUUAAAUAACUAAUUUUCAUAUAAGAGAAUAGAAUGGAAGGAAUUCAAAGUAUUAUCUUGGUGUCUUUAUUUUUGCUUCUAAAUGUGAUAACGGUAAAUUGUCGUUUGAAUACAACGGAUCCUUGCAACCCAGUUUUAUUUUCAAAACGACCAGAGAGGAAUGUGGAUAUUCCUGAUGAUUGUUCUAAUGGUACAGUUAGCUGGCAUUAUCCAAUGGCAUUUCUGAACAUUUUUUUCACAGCAACAGUACAGGAAUACGAAAUUUGUAUUGGGCACAUAGCAGACAAAGCUGUUAGAAAAAUCCAAGAAAUUAUUGAUGGAGUCAUUGAAGAGCUUCCUCUACCCGCUAAAGGAGAAGAAAUUUGCACCUUACCCACGACAAAGAAUGUGACAAUGAGAAUUGUUGGACCAAGGAAAUUCACAACUUACACGGCAUAUAUUCCAUAUUUCAUCUAUGACAUGAGCUAGUUAAAACUAAAGACCAAAAAGAAAAAUGUGCUAUAGACAUCUUAACCUCACAUUGUACCAUUUAUCAAACAUAGAAUUUUACUUAAGGUCAUUUUCUGCAAUUAUGAAUUAGAAAUGUAAAGAAUGAAUAACAUGUACCAUAUAAAGUAUUUGCAAUUAAACAUUUUAUAAAGAA